CGUAGCUUCAACAAAACAGAGUUUGGGGCAAACCAAACCCCAACGUCUCCGCUCUCCAAAUCAAAAUUUACAGACCUUUCUCAACCCUUUGCCAAAACCCCAUCAAAACCCUCCUCAAUACGCUUAUGCUACCCAUUUCAAAGAUGAAAUCCUUCGUAUCAUCAUCAUCUUUCUCAACCCUCUCGCCCUAUUUCCCCAUUACCGCUUCUCCAACCCUCUCUUUGGCUUAUAAAUCGACGCAAUGCAACCCUAUAUUCACCCACUUGUCCAAUUUUUUCUCUCUGAAAACGCCCAGAGUUUCGUUGCCCAGAAACGAGGGGUUUUCAACCCAGAAGCGAACUGCCCAAAUGGGAGCUUCCUUGUCACCGCCCUCCGGCGAGGUUCAUGUGAUAGUAGGGCCGAUGUUUGCUGGGAAAACAACCUCUCUUCUUCGGCGGAUUCAGUCCGAGAGCAUCAAUGGCAGAAGUGUAGCCAUUAUUAAGUCGAAUAAAGACACGAGAUAUGGAUUGGAUUCGAUUGUGACGCACGAUGGCAUGAAACUGCCUUGCUGGGCAGUACCGAACUUAUCGUCUUUCAAACAAAAGUUUGGCGAAGGUGCUUAUGACAAGCUUGAUGUGAUUGGAAUCGAUGAAGCUCAAUUCUUCGAUGAUCUUUACGAUUUCUGUCGUGAAGCUGCUGAUAUGGAUGGCAAAACUGUUAUAGUUGCUGGGUUGGAUGGGGAUUACUUGAGGAGGAGCUUUGGUUCAGUUCUUGAUAUAAUUCCGCUUGCCGAUUCUGUAACAAAGUUAACUGCUCGAUGCGAGAUCUGUGGGAAUCGAGCUUUCUUUACAUUAAGGAAGACAGAAGAAAAAGAGACAGAGCUGAUUGGUGGUGCUGACAUGUAUAUGCCCGUAUGUCGACAACAUUAUGUUAGCGGGCAAGUAGUGAUAGAGACAGCAAGAACUGUUGUAGAAGAAGCACACAAGGUUGAGUUUACGACCACAGCAUAGUUGUUCUUAGUAGUAGGUCUGCAGAAUGACAUACAGCCCAGCAGCCUAUGCCGAAACAUAGCAGUUGUUCGGUUGUCCCGACGAUUACGUUAAGCAAGGAACGGGCGAUUUUGGAAACGGAUGGAAUUGAAUUGAAGAGGAGUGUAGCAGUUGUAGGUUUAGAAAAUGGGAUUGUUUUCAUGGAUUGGAUGAUAGGGAAAAAGGAGUGAAUGGUAUUGUCAUAUGUAUUUGUGUUAGUUGAAAACUCAAUUCAUUAUUGAGGGAGGAGACAUUCAUGUGUGUAUUAUUGGGUAAGUCGUUGAUCACCCACCUGUUUCUUGUA